AUGGUGAAGACAGAGCGGUUCCUCUCGAAGCGCGAGGUGCUGGCGAACAAGUACAAGGUCGACGUCACCCGCGGCGGCGAGUCCGCCAUCUACUCCGGCCGAGCCGUCGCCGCGCUCGCUCAGGACAAAGGAAUGAUCAAGCAGACGGGGCGCAUGUUGAACGUGGCGGACCUGGCGUGGGAGCACGGCUUCACCGACAUCGACGGCCGCCAGCCCGCGCAGAUGUACAGCCUGCGCUUCCUCCUCGAGAACGCCUUCUACUACGCCCUCUACCGCCUGCGCGGCCCGCGA